AUGCGCAGUAGAAGGAGGAGCGCGAGCUGCGUGGGCUUGUGCCUAGGCUUGUGUGUUUCGGGGCCUUGUGCUGGCGCCGGGGGCGCCGGUCUGGCGACUUUGGCACUCUUGGCGUUGGGUGGGCGGCACGUUGGGGGUCGCAUGAGCCAGUGGCAUCAUGCCCGUGGGCGCUGGGGUCAGCGUCGCGGCUUUUCCGGACGUUCGUCGGCCAGGAGGAAGGGCGGAAAGCACAUCCCGGAAAGAGAUUUGAAAAGAAUCUUGCUCCAGAAGAAUGUUUCUCCCCCAUGGAUCUUUUUUAACAAACACCAAGAACAAAACGAAGAACUUGGGCUGAUUAUUGACUUAACAUAUACUCGCCGCUAUUAUAAGCCAGAGAACUUAGCAGAAACCAUUCCUUAUUUAAAAAUUUGUACAAUUGGGCAUCAGGUGCCAGAUGACGACACUAGUUUUAACUUCCAGUGCGCUGUUAAUGGGUUUCUGAAAGAAAGUAAAGAUAAUGGUGGAAGGACUAUCUCCCAGUUGAACAGCGGAUGCCUGGGACCCGUUUCAUUGCUGUCAAAGUUCCUUUAAAAAAGGUGAGCGAAACUUAAUACCGUAUUCUUCCAGAAAUCUGAAUUCACCAUAUAGAGCCCUGGCUCUCAACCCCGUCGUACUCCAUUUUCCCUUUUUAUAGCAAAUACUUUUUACUACCUCUUUUGCUAUCCACAAAUGGAAUUCAUAGAUAAAUACAACCUACUUUUCUACUUAAUUAAUUAAAAAAACCAAUGGAAUGCCCUAACUCUAAAUAAAGAAUAAAGUAAUUUAUAAGAAAGUAAUAUGUAUCUCUGUAUGUAAAUG